AUGUUUACCAUGAAUCUACUUUCUACUUCUCCUCCAGAAGAGGUUUCUCCACAGGAUAGCCCAUCUCCAAUAUCUUCUAUUGAAUGCAAGAAGGAUAGGGACAAAUUUGCACACUCUCAAAAUGAAUUUGAUGGUAUGGUUUUUGGCGUUUCACUAGAAGAAUCUUUGAAAAUUGCCCGAGAGGAGGUUAUUAUUCAAAAGAGUACAGAGGAACUCGGCUUCAUACCAUUUGUAAUAGCGAAAAGCGGACAGUAUCUAAUAGAAAACGCAUUAUGCACAGCUGGCAUUUUCCGUAUUGCAGGCAGUAAUAAACGUGUUAGAGAACUCCAAGCUAUAUUUUCUAGACCACCUCAUUUUGGUCAUGAAUUUGAAGGAUGGAGAGACUUCAAUGCUCAUGAUAUCGCUACUUUAUUGAAAAGAUACCUGAAUUCAUUAAGCGAGCCCUUAGUUCCACUAACAUUAUAUGAUAGUUUCAGAAACCCAAUAAUAAAAGACCCAAAAAUAAACGAUCAUAAGGAAAAAAUCAUCAAGAAGUACGAAAACAUCUACAUGCUCCUACCACAACAAAACAGGCACUUGAUACUUUAUUUGGUUGGGUUGCUGAAUUUAUUUGCAAGUAAUGACAAAAAAAACUUAAUGCCUGCAAGUAAUUUAGCGGCCAUUGUACAGCCUUCAAUAUUGUCUCAUCCAAAGCAUGAGAUGAACCCAGAAGAGUAUGAAAUAUCCAGGACAGUUAUCGAAUUCCUCAUAUUACACGCUUCAGACAUAAUACCAAAUAUAGAAAAUGCGACAAAAGACAUUAAAUCACAUAUAAGAGUAGCAAAGUUUAAAAACAUUGCCGUCCCUGAGAUGGCUAUUGAUUCCGAUGAAGACGACUUUCUCCAGCCAUCAAUAGAUGAUCACAUGCUUCUGAGGUCACGUGCGAAUUCUCACUCUGACAAUUUCACACUACAUCACCAUGCAUUAUCUUCUAGCCCAAUAGGCCAUGACAAGAAUGGACUCUCUGUGCCAAGAUCAUUCAAAGGUCGAACAUUGAGUGCAGAGUCUCUAUCGCCUAAAUUCAGCAAACUACUUGGCUGCGGUGGGAACAGCAGUAACGGCUACAGCAAAGACCCCACAGAAAGAGUUCCUAGAAGCGAGAAUAAGACUAAACACAAACAGCACAGACAGUCGUGGUUAAGAAGACUCACCAGCCCUUCUAGAACGGUCCCUUAA